AUGGUAUUUUCAUAUGAUUAUUCUGAGUUACCACAAAUAGUUCUUGCUGAAAUAUUUUCUUAUUUAAAACAUAAUGAACUUUUAUUAGCAACAUCAACAUGUUUAUCAUGGCGUAAUGUAUUAUAUCAUCCAAAAUUAUGGUCAUCUAUUCCAUAUCGUUGUCUUCGUUUAAGUCUUAUUGAUCGUCAUAAUGAUAUACAAUGUUUUCGUUAUUUAACAACAAAUUUUCUUAGUAAAACACGUUAUAUUGAAAUACGUUUUGAUCCAACAGAUAUAAAUAUACUAAAAGAUAUUUUACAAUUUCUUGAUAUAUUAACAUGUACAAAUCGACAAAUUAAAAUAUUAAUAUUUCGUCCAACAAGUACACAUUGUGCAUUAGCAGAAAAUGAACAACCAUUUAUACCACUUUGUGAUAAAAUUUUUCAUUUACUUGAACAAAUUAUUCAAUCAAAUCAAGCUAUAGAAAUUAUUUCAUUUGGUUGUUGGUUUGAAAGUUUAUUUCGUAUUGAAGAAUUAGUUCAUGUUUUAGCACAAAAACAAUCUCAUUCAAUUAAACAACUUCAUUUAGCAUCAAUUAAAAGUAGUGAAACACAUUCAAUAGCUGAUAUAUAUUUACCAAGUCAAUCAUUUCUUCCAUUUACAUCAUUAAAUACAUUAAGUAUUGAUUCAACUUAUCUUACAGAUGAACUAUUACAAUGUUUUGCACAACAAUUGGCACCAUUAAAACGAUUAAUUGUACAUGUUAGUGAAUUUCGUUCGGAUACACAACCUAUCGAUGACUUAGUUUGGUAUUCAAUUGCUAGUAUUAUGCCUAAUUUACGAGUUACUGUUCAUAUGUUAAAUGCACAUGAAACAUUUCGAAAAUAUUCUCGUGUACUUCGUCCGGGUAUGCCAUUAUCACAUUUAAGAAUGUAUUUUUGUUCAUCACUUAAUGUUGAUUUAUUAUGUUAUUUAUCUGUUCAUUAUCGUUCAACAUUAGAAUGUCUUGAUGUAAUUGAUAGUGUAACUGAACCAGCACUUCGUUAUCAUAAUUUAUUUCGUGCUGAACCAGAUCCACUUGUUUUAUUGGCUUGGCAAUGUAAAAAACUUACAUCACUUACAAUUCUUGGAUACGAAGUAUUAGAAGUUAAUUUACUUGCUAUUGCUAAAUUACGUCCACAAUUACGUCGAUUAAAUGUAUGUGCUGGUUGUGUUAUGACAUUACAAUAUGGACAUUUACAAAUGAAUCAUCAAUUUGUUGAAGAUGACGAUGGAAAUGAUGCGUUUAUACAAUAUGGAAUCUGUACAAAUAGUAUUCAAACAAUUAUAGGACAAGUCCUUGGCUGGCCAUGGCAUCCAUUAAGUAAACAUGAACUACCAAUAGGUGUGUAUGAAUAUACCGUUCCACUUGAACUUUCAUUUAUCGAACAGAUACAUAAUAUUUUUCAAUCAUCCAUCUAA